AGUAGUAGUAGGAAAGGAUCGCAGAUUACUUUGACUGACCUCAAAAUUUGAUUCGAACGCGUCCUGAAGCGGCAUUUCUGUUUGCGCGUACUAGUAAUCAGUGGUCGCGCUUCGUUAGCUUCUAAAAAAAAAAAGGAGAACAUAGCGAGCGCCGAUUAAAGGAAACGAAAGGUUCAACCUUUAGCUUCUACGACAUUUGCCAGUUCUACGGAGUUUAACCUGGUUUUUUCCUCCCCUCCCAAAAAACAACAUCUUUAGGUGCUGCACCAUGUUGGUACGGAGCAUCACCAGGUGCAUUCUGCCCGUCGUCAAGGCGACCAGCUACUCGUGCUCGCCUCACUUUGAGCGCAGCAACGUCCCUGUGGUCCCCACAUCAAUCCUGCCACCGAACAACAAGUCGAUGCCAACAUCUCUCCUCGACCCUGAGCGAUUGGGGGAGCUCGGAUGUGGUACAGGUCAGCCUGCCCAGCGUGGGCGCCGAAAACCGCUGGUGUGGAAGCGCCGAAAGCCGUGGUUCGACCAUCAGUGGUCCCUCGAUCUCCAGCGCGUGAAGAAGGGUCCUGAGACGCCACACUUUCCCGACGGUGUGCCCUUCACGCAGAUUCGCGCCUUCCAGUCUUUUGCCGGACGUGCGUGGAAGAUUAACGCUGGUCGGCGGCGCAAGAUUCGUUUGUCGCUGAAGCGCGGUCGCAGGAAGCUGCUUUAA